ACGAAGAAGAAAUAGCAAAACAAAACAUUUCCGGUGUUUUCUGUAAUAUUCUGCAGCACCCGUCCAUUUUUCUACCGCUUGUCCUACACAAUAUAACACUGAGUAAAGUGUCAUUUAUCAACAUGGAGCAAUAUAACACUGAGUAAAGUCUCAUUUAUCAACAUGGAGCAGACUGUCAACGCAGACUCCAACGAUCACCAAUACACCAAUACUCCUUGCAAACAAUGGCGCAAUUGGCUGGGAUUUUGGUUGCUUGGAUUGUGCAACAACUUUGCUUACGUGGUCAUGCUCAGUGCUGCACAGGACAUCCUUCAAAAGCAACAGUCUGGAAACACCACAAAGUGGACUGUGAGCUUGUUGGACUCUGAAGGUGUGAAGAGUGGGAACAACAGUCGAUACGAUUGUAGUCCUGUGUCCACAGCUGCGGUGCUUCUAGCUGACAUCCUGCCAACACUCAUCAUCAAGUUGUCUGUGCCACUCCUUAUCCACCAGGUGCCUUAUGGAGUUCGAGUCCUGUUCUGUGUCGUCAUGGCUGCCACAAGUUUUCUCAUUGUUUCCUUCUCCUCGACGGUGUGGAUGAGCAUCAUAGGUGUGAUCUUUGCCAGUGCCAGCUCAGGCGUGGGAGAGUUAUCCUUCCUUUCUCUCACGGUCUACUACAGCAGGGAUGUACUUGGAGCCUGGGGCUCUGGGACUGGUGGGGCUGGUGUUGCAGGAGCCCUCCUUUAUUCAAGCCUCACUCAGGUUGGCCUGUCACCUCGGUCUACCCUUCUGACCAUGCUGACCGUCCCAUUGGCCAUGUUCCUUAGUUAUUUCCUCCUGCUGGCUCCGCCUCCUCACCUCCCUCAGUGGAAGGACCGAAGGGCCGACGGUGCUUUGUUUCCAGAGGAGAGGCAGCGACUGAUGGACCAAUCACAGGAGGAGCAGGAAACCUGCCGCCAAGAGGGCAGGAACAGACAUGUUCCUCUCACUCUUCACGAGAAACUCCAUAUCAUCAAAGACUUGAUGCCAUUUAUCUGUCCUUUGGUCCUGGUCUACUAUGCUGAGUACUUCAUCAACCAGGGCUUGAUGGAGCUCCUGUAUUUCCCAAAGUUUUUCCUGUCACAUGCGGAGCAGUAUCGAUGUUGUAAUAUUUGUGUUCAGGUACCAGACUUUGUACCAGGUGGGCGUGUUUGUGUCUCGCUCCUCCUUGUCCUGUGUGAAGAUCAGGAGACUUUGGGGCCUUGCAGCACUCCAGGUGGUGAAUGCGGUGCUGCUCCUACUAGCAGUGUACUACCACUUCCUGCCCAGUGCCUGGCUGCUGUUCCCCAUCAUGUUGUACGAGGGUCUGCUGGGAGGAAGUGCCUACGUCAACACCUUCUACUUCAUCAGCAAGGAGACGGAAGACAGACAGCGAGAGUUUGCUAUGGCAGCUGCCAGCCUGGGAGACAGUCUGGGCAUCGCGUUGGCCGCACUGACCGCCUUUCCUGUGCACGCAUACUUCUGUGACUUAGUCUGACAACUACAUCCUCACGACCGCCUUUACUGUGCACGCAUACUUCUGUGACUUAGUCUGACAACUACAUCCUCAUGACCGCCUUUCCUGUGCACGCAUACUUCUGUGACUUAGUCUGACAACUACAUCCUCACGACAGCCUUUCCUGUGCACGCAUACUAAUGUGACUUAGUCUGACAACUACAUCCUCACGACCGCCUUUCCUGUGCACGCAUACUUCUGUGACUUAGUCUGACAACUACAUCCUCAUGACCGCCUUUCCUGUGCACGCAUACUUCUGUGACUUAGUCUGACAACUACAUCCUCAUGACCGCUUUUCCUGUGCACGCAUACCUCUGUGACUUAUCAUGAUUUAUGUCAGACAACUUCAUCAACAUGACUCAUGUCAGACAACUUCAUCAACAUGACUCUUGUCAGACAACUUCAUCAACAUGACUCAUGUCAGACAACUACAUCAACAUGACUCAUGUCAGACAACUACAUCAACAUGACUCAUGUCAGACAACUACAUCAACAUGACUCAUGUCAGACAACUUCAUCAACAUGACUCAUGUCAGACAACUACAUCAACAUGACUCAUGUCAGACAACUACAUCAACAUGACUCAUGUCAGACAACUACAUCAACAUGACUCAUGUCAGACAACUACAUCAACAUGACUCAUGUCAGACAACUACAUCAACAUGACUCAUGUCAGACAACUACAUCAACAUGACUCAUGUCAGCUCUACUUCACCCUCAUCGUCGUCUUGCAGGUUUUCCUUGUCUUUGUAGUCAAGAGUCAUGAAUAAAUGUUAAAGUUGAAACUCAUUACUCAAGAUGUCUCAAUCAAAUGAUACAUCAUGUCAGAUGUGUGAUAUCAUGUGCAAUGCGAGCAGUGUUUAUUUGUAUCGCACAUGAUAUCACACACAAGUAUACACUCUGUUUGUAUCGCACAUUAUAGAUAUCACUGAAAAUAAAAACAAAUAUAAAAUGACUGAAAAUAAAACAAAUAUAAAAUGAAGAUAAAAACAAAUAUAAAAUGAAGAUAAAAACAAAUAUAAAAUGACUGAAGAUAAAAACAAAUAUAAAAUGACUGAAGAUAAUAACAAAUAUAAAAUGACUGAAAAUAAAAACAAAUACAAAAUGAAGAUACAAACAAAUAUAAAAUGAAGAUAAAAAC